ACAUGUCUAAAAACUUCCUACGAAGGUCGUUUGAUCAGCUCCCGGAGUUCCCAUCUCCACCCAGGACUUUGACCUCAAAGGGCCGCGUUUUUAAAGUAUGCGCAACAACAACUAUAGCCAUCCUUUUUCUGCAUAUCUUCGCAAACAGCAGNUUGUCAUAUCGUACCGAUGGUCUUGAAUCAGCGAGAACUGAUGACAAACCUGCUUACCUACAUCUCUUGAUUCCCGCGUCGCAUCCUGACCAGAAUCUUUGCAAAGUAGUACUCAGUGCUGGCAUCCUGAAUUAUCCAGCACCAAGAUUGUUGAAUUGGAAUCAAAACUUCGACAAUCCAGACCUUGUAGAANNGGGGGGAUCACACAUAGCAAAAAUAUCUGGUAUCAAGACUUACCUCGACAGCAUGGACUCGGCUCGGGACUCGGAUCUGGUGCUAAUGGUCGAUGGUUACGAUAUCUGGUUCCAACUACGACCUCAAACAAUACUCGACAGAUACUUCGACAUCAAUCGCCGUGCGGACGAGCGUGUCCGGAAGGAGCUUGGAAGCAGUGUUGUGAAGGCACACAACAUCCAUCAGCAGAUUAUAUUCUCUUGUCAAAAGCGAUGCUGGCCUUGGUCUGAGNNGGAAGAUCCGGCAUGUUAUGCAGUUCCUGAAUCUUCUUUGCCUCGAGACAUCUACGGACCGGAAACGGACACAGAUAUCGGGGACGAGAAGAACCCAUACAUCAAGUACCGCCAAAGAUUCCUCAACUCGGGCGUAGCAAUGGGUACUGUGGGAGCUAUGCGCAAGCUGUUUACUGAAGCAAUGGUCCGGGCGGAGCAAGACCCAAAUUUUGGCAGUGAUCAAAAAAUCUUCACUCAGCUGUUUGGCGAGCAAGAAGUUGCCCGUGAGGCUCUGAGACGAACGUCAGGAUCUCCAUGGAAAAGACUACUUCGAAGCAUCUUCAGUGAUGAGCGUCUUGGUCAGUUCAAGCAAGAACAUCUGGAUGCCGUCGCGGGCAAGGAUCUUGAAUUUGGCCUUGGAGUGGAUUAUGAAAGCUCCAUCGGACUAGCCACUGUGUUUGCUGAAGACGACACGGAGUGGCUCACAGCCAGCAAUCAAGAGCAACUUGGGCAGGCCGAUUCCAUUCGCGGCAUUGAAGCGUCAAGUAGCAGAUUGAAGAAUAUCCUGGGAGACAUUACGCAUACAGUGCCACCGUUCUGGACCUUUGAACACCAACCAUUACCGCGCGAACAAUCAUGGUCUGAUGUUUCUCUUUUCACAGAUGUGUGGACAGGUAUUGCGCCAGCGGUAAUCCAUCACAAUGCCCACCGGGACGGCAUGAAAUCGCUCAGAGAAGAAUGGUGGAAUCGUAUUUGGUUCCAGGAACAUGCGCGUACUCUGUAUAACAGCCACAUCAUCGCACCCUUAGGUCCUCUAGCCAUCUCAGGUGGUAAGCAAUGGUGGAGUCCGGAAGAUUGGAAAGGUGGUGCGCGCAUCGAUCCCCAGCCUGGUUCGAACGAGACUUGGGCGCGAUAUGAGGAGAUGUGUGAUGGCACUGAGGAUGAAGUUUUUAGAGACGGACUGGGUCCCUGGCGACUACCUGAUGACCAC